UUUUACUUUUUUGAUAAAGGUGUUAAAAUCAUCUUGUUCAAAUUAAUAAAAAAAAACAAAUCAUUGACAGGGUUUUGGAUUUUUUUUUAUCAAUCAGUCUUUAUGGAUCAAAAGGGUGAUACUAUUAAGGAACGACUUAAUUUACACGUGAAGAGACGUCUACAGCAAGAUCCACACUCUUCAAAUGAAUCCACUUCUUCAGCACCCUGUUCACCGUCUAAAAAGAAACCAUCAAAUGUGAAUACCGUAAAUGCAACAGGUACUUCGCGAAAUGGAAAGAAAAAACAUUCAAAGGGCAGCUAUGGUGAAGAUGUUAAAAGUCCACCUGAUAGUAGAAGACCAUGUCGGGAACGAGAAGAGAAAAUCAGCAGUACCGUGGAAAUUCUUCAAAUGAUUCUCAAUGAAAAGAAAAAUUCUCUACUGAGAGAUCCGGAGGUUAUUGCAUUCAUCACAUCGGCAAUCGAAAAAGCUUCCGGCACAAAACCUGAAUAGAAUUACUUAUGUUACCUAGGAAUGUAGGAGCCUGUGCGUGCACCUGUGUCACUUACGCAUUGUGACCGAUUGAUGGGUGGGCCUAUGCAUUCCAUCUAGAAGAUGUUAAUUUUGGGCCUUUUAAUUACGUUAGCUAGAGAAAAGUCCUUUGAAAAAGGCAAUUAACAGUAUACCUUGGUAGUCUAGACUUCUAGAAUGGGUUUUAACGUACCUCACCUGAGCUGCACAAUCUACAGAUGGAAGUAUCAAAUUUGUUUUUUUUUAAAGAUGAUAAUGCAGAGGAUCAAAACCUCUUUCGAUCAAGGAUUAGGCUGUAAACAUUGGUCUUCGAAUACAUAUAGUAAAAAUACUUGAUUUAUUCAACUUUUUAUUUGAUUCUUUUUUUUGUCUUCUUCAAUUAAAUAUAUUUCCUACUUCACACAUGUUUAAAUCUCAAUUUAAAUAUUUUCUAGUGCCUAAUUUUGUGAUAGUUUGUUGAUUUUUUUUUUUUUGUAAGAGAUAAUCUUAAAAUAUUUCUAUUUUUUCACUUUUUUAGUUUUUUUUAAUUUUAUUCUCUUACAUUUAUCCUACAUAUUACGAAAAAAAUAUAAUCUACAAUCAUUCUAUUUUGAUAUUUCUUGACCAAAAAAAAACGUAAUUGAUAAAAAUAGGAAUUAAUAAUUAUUUUUGCAAUAUCUUAUUUGUUAAAAUUAUUUUUUUUUUUCAUGAAAUAUAUAAUAAAAUUAUAACAAGUUUUCUUUUUAAUUCUUUUGUGAUAUCUCCGAGUUUAAAAUUUUGCUGGGAUAAAUCACCAACGAAAAGUUUCAAAAUAUUAGUCUAUCAUUAUGUUUAUAAUCUAUUUUUUUUAAUACUCUAUCGCUUGAUCUGAAUUCUUUUACAAUUUUGUGAUAUCAAACAGGAAGUCAAAGAAUCCCCAUUGAAUCACGAUAAUUUUAAAGAUUAACGAAGGAUUGGGCUUUUUGUAUGUAUUUCACUGCAGAAAAAAAAACAAAUUCGCUAUUACCUACAUUUAAAAAAAUAGUACCACCAGUUAUGUUAGCUGGUAUACCACAAUAUAGAUUGAUCAAUGCCUUGUUAUUUAUUUUGAAAGCAAUCUAUUAGAUGAAAUAGGGAUGGAUUUUCUUUUGUGAAAUUGACUUAAUUUCGGAAAAGUGUUUUGAAUACCUACUAAAAACAUUGGGAAUAUUCAAGGUCAUCUCUAAAAAAUAUAUAUAUAUUUUUACAAUAUUUGAUAUGCGUAUUUGGUAUACCAAACCAAUUGUAAGUUUGCAAAAGUAGGUAUCAUUCUAAAAUGAUAUUAACUCUGAUUUUAUAAUAUUUUAAAUCUUCUUUAAUAGAAUAUUUGAUUAUUUAUUUCUUCCUUUCUUAUGGAUUAAAACUUCAUUUCUUUAAA